AUGGCAGACAAGAGCAGUUCCAAGGUUAGCUCCAGGCUUGCAGCGAGGAGACAGGAGAAAAUGCUGGAGAAAAAGAAAGAAACAGUGACGAAGGAGGAGAAGGAGGAGACGAAGCCAGAGAAGGAGGCAAAAAAUGAGAUGAAUGGAAAUGGAGAGCCCAUGGAGAAUGGAGCAGAGGCUGCCGUCAAUGGGGCUACCGCUAACGAGGAGAAUGGAGAAACUAAGGUGGAACCCAUGGAGCUGCCUCCGUUUGAGAUCAUAUUAGGGGAUCGGAUUGACCCCUUUUUCUUCAAAUUCCAAUUCAAGAACGUUGAGUACUCCUCAGGCCGGAAUAAGACCUUUCUCUGUUACUUGGUGGACCAGGGUAGUAGCAAUGAGGGUUUGCUGAGGGGCUAUCUAGAGGAUGAGCACUCCGGGGCCCAUGCGGAGGAGGCUUUCUUCCAGCAAAUUCUACCCAAGUAUGAUCCAGCCCUUAACUACACAGUUACCUGGUAUGUAUCAUCUAGCCCUUGCGUCGCUUGUGCCACCAAGCUGGUGGAAAUACUGAAGGAACGCAAGACCCUCCGUCUUAGCAUCUUCGCUGCCCGCCUUUUCAACUGGGAAGAACCUGAAAUUCAAGCAGGGCUGAAGGCAUUAGCGGCUGCCGGUUGCAAGCUGCGCGCCAUGAAACCUUUGGACUUCUCUUACACCUGGGACACCUUUGUGGAGAAUGAGGACCAGAGAUUCACCCCUUGGGAAGACUGCCAGGAGAACUAUGAGUACUACCAGGAGAAGCUGGCAGACAUUCUGCAGUGA